UCGGCCCGCAUCUUUUCUCUCCGAACCCGGGUGCCCGUCGAGGGUCGGCUCAGCGACCCGCCGGGCGGAGGAUCGGGGCGCUCCGAACCGCGUCGCCCCGUCGGUUGCUGCGCGCACCAUGGCCGGCUGCUGCUGCCUGUCCGCGGAGGAGAAAGAGUCGCAGCGCAUCAGCGCCGAGAUCGAGAGGCAGCUUCGGCGGGACAAGAAGGACGCGCGCCGGGAGCUCAAGCUGCUGCUGCUGGGCACUGGUGAAAGUGGCAAGAGCACCUUUAUCAAGCAAAUGAGAAUUAUCCAUGGGUCUGGUUACAGCGAUGAAGACAGAAAGGGGUUCACAAAGCUGGUUUACCAAAACAUAUUCACUGCCAUGCAAGCCAUGAUCAGAGCCAUGGACACCCUGAGGAUACAGUAUGUGUGUGAACAGAAUAAGGAAAACGCCCAGAUAAUCAGAGAAGUAGAAGUGGACAAAAUCGUUGCGCUCUCCAGGGACCAGGUGGAGGCCAUCAAGCAGCUGUGGCUGGACCCAGGAAUCCAGGAGUGUUAUGACAGGAGGAGGGAAUACCAGCUGUCAGACUCUGCCAAAUAUUACCUGACUGACAUUGACCGGAUUGCCAUGCCCUCGUUCGUGCCAACGCAGCAAGACGUGCUUCGUGUUCGAGUGCCCACGACCGGCAUCAUUGAGUAUCCGUUUGACUUGGAAAACAUCAUCUUUCGGAUGGUAGACGUUGGUGGCCAGCGAUCUGAAAGACGGAAAUGGAUUCACUGCUUUGAGAGCGUCACUUCCAUUAUCUUUUUGGUUGCUCUGAGUGAAUACGACCAGGUCCUAGCUGAGUGUGACAAUGAGAACCGCAUGGAAGAGAGCAAAGCCUUAUUUAAAACCAUUAUCACUUACCCCUGGUUUCUGAACUCGUCUGUGAUUUUGUUCUUAAACAAGAAGGAUCUUCUGGAAGAGAAAAUCAUGUACUCUCAUCUAAUUAGCUAUUUUCCACAAUAUACAGGACCAAAGCAGGAUGUCAAAGCUGCCAGAGACUUUAUCUUGAAGCUUUAUCAAGACCAGAAUCCUGACAAAGAGAAAGUCAUCUAUUCCCACUUCACAUGUGCUACAGACACAGAGAAUAUCCGCUUUGUGUUCGCUGCUGUGAAAGACACAAUUCUACAACUAAAUCUGAGGGAAUUCAACCUAGUUUAGAAGCUGCUGCCCAUGCCUUGCCAAAACCAGAAGACAGGACUCGCAAGCCCCUUGCGUUUUAUUUCCGAGUGCUUCUGACAUCACCGGACCCAGCCCCCUGGGCAGCACCAAGUCUGUCACGCAGGCUACAAGGACAGAGAAGGAGCUUGUAAGAUAUUUGAGUUUAGCAAAACUUUUUCAAAGUCUUUAUUCCAAAAUAGUUUUUAUAUUUCUUUUGACUUUUGACUUUUUGACUUUGUAUAAUUUUUGACUUUGAUAUUUUAUAGAAUUUUAAAAAGCUACUGUGAUUUACUUUUUUUAAAUUAAAUUUGUGUUUAAUAGCCAUUUAAAAUCACAUAACAGGGAGGCCUGUUAAUUUAGAGAUCAAGCCUUGAGACCCAAGAAAGUUGAAUUUUAAGCUUGUUUUUAAAUCUUGUAAUUGUGAGGCAUUUUUGAGUGUUCUUCUCUUUAUGCUGAAGUAUGAUGCCUUUAACAUUUCACCAAAAUUUUAUUAAAAAUAGUGGGUUCUUUUUGUUAACUAUCUAAGCCAAAUUAAUGACUGUCAGUACAUCUAAUUUAGUUUUGCCACAGUUUGAUCACCAUGAAGCCAAAGUUGACAUAAGGUGAAUGGGCUCUAGAUAGCAUAUAUAUUGAUAUUGCAUUGGUGAAAAGUGUGUAUAUAUUUCAAUGUAUGUUACCAAGCCUCAGAAACUUAUGAAAUAGCUAAAAAAGUCCAAAUUGUUUAACAAAUGUAUUGUAACCCCUGCCAAAGUUCUGAUGACCACUACAGUUUUGCUGUUUGAACCAUGUAUGCUGUGCCUUCCUGAGGAGGCUAAGAAUAUACCAUUCUGCCAUUAGCAUUGGAUUACGUUGUGUUUCUUUGAGCUCAUGGUUGAUUUAUGAUUUUGCUAAGAAGAAAAAUGCUGUAACUUCAACAGUUAACUACUCAGAGACUUUCGAAAUGUCCUUGGAGAGAAAAAACAAUUUUACCCCUACCUUAUCGGUUCCUGGGUGAGACUCCUCCCUGUAAUAAAAGAUUAACAGGAGAAAAAACCCAGAAGUUUAAUAACAUCUAUAUCUCCUGUAUAUGUGGGAGAUACACAGGAAGACUGAGCAAUUCCCCGAAAUGGCCCAAGCCACCAUCUUAAAUACCUUCUUCAGCUAAAGACAAAAGAUGUCGGGGGCAUGAGAAAGGCCGGUUAAGGGAAGUUACCACGAAAAAAAGCACAGGUUGCUAUUGCAGAUUUAAGUUGGGCACCUUCUCCAUUGAUAAGUUUCUUGUGAUUUGGAGUCAUUCAUCUCUUUCUGGCAGAGAAGGAGACACACAAAUGGAGAUUUCUUUUAUGUAAAUUUCCCUUACCAUGGGGCAUUUAAUUCUGUUUUUCCUGUGUCAGUUUCUUAAAAAUAAUCCUUACGCCAAGGAGGCCUAUUUUGGGAUCGUAUAUUUCUGCUCUCCUUCAGUCCUACCUUUGACCCUUCAAAGGAGCUUCACAGUCCAGAAGCUAAGUUGAUAGAUAGCUUGUAUUAUCUCAUUGAACCAGUCUUGAGAGUAGUUAAAGUUCAGUUAAAACAGUUGUCUCUCAUUUCAGGAGAUGGUGUUGCAGGUAGGCUCCAAAGUUAGGCUUAUAUAAUAUGAGCAAUCAGGUAUUUAAUAAGAGACAUAUCUAUGGAAACAAAAGAAAAUAAAGUUAAUGGUUGAAACAAAUUACAAACCCAGUCUGAGUCCUGUGGGCAGCCAGUCAGAAGAUUUUUAGAUGAAGCAUCUUUUGUAGUUUGAAUGUCUCUGAUGUCAUUGCACGUUCGGGUAAAUUUCUAAGUGGCCCAAAAGACAGGCACAAAGAGUGUCUGAACAUGAGCUACUGUGGCCAUUUUGCUGAAGUUUAUAUCAAGUUGUUCACAUUCAGAUGGCAAAGCUUUGGGAAACAUUUUUGCAAAAGCAAAACAAUAAUUUCUGUAAAUGACAAAAAAUUUAAAAAUGACCAUGGUUAAAGAUCUGAUGAGAGUUCAUUAUAAUACAACUGAUAAGGAAAUGUCAUUAUUUCUAUGAAAUACAUUUAAAGAUAACUAGAAUUACAAGUAAUAACUAUACCAAGUCAUAUCACAUUUCUAGGAAUCUCAUACAAUUUGUUUUUAGUGAUUCCAAGUCAAAAGCUUGAGAGGAAAAUGGAAACGUUAGUUUGAGGAGUUGUAGCCAGAUUAUUUGAGGAAACUAGAAGAAUUCAGGAUCCAAUCCAGUUUACAGGUAAUGAUAUCACAAUCUAGAAUCAGAUAUCUACAAGGUACAUUAGUUUCUACUGAAGCAUAUGUUUUCUCUUUAUAAUCACCCAUUUUUACAAAAGAUAAUUACAGUAAAACUAAUUUGCUUACAAAAUAAAUCUGGUCUCAAUAAAAUUGGCCUGAUUAUUUAAAUAAGUGUAGCAAGAACAGUGAUUGACCAUAUAAGAAAUUUUUCUUAAGGAAUCUCAGGCUGGACUUUUUAAAAGCCUCUGGAGGCUGGGAAGCCAAGCAAGCAUCUGGCCUUCAGACUCUGCCCACAAUACUUACACAUUUGGGUUAUUUUCUCUUCUCAAGGCCCCUAAUAUAUCCAGAGGUUCCUGUUCCUGCCAGGAAGUAACCUUUGCUACUUACCUGGUAAGGCUGCCAGGAACCCGGUAAGCAAGAUAGCAGAUGGUUUUUCCAAAGGGCUUUAUUGCUGCCAUAAAGUCAACCUUAAUUCCUUAAAAUUGGUCAUGUCUGCUUCCAUGCACAUUCUCAUGUGACAUUCCAGUCUUGUUAAUAUAACCAGUGUU